CAAUCAGUUCCGAAAACCUUCGACUGCGUGUGAUCACCAUGGCACGGCCCCUGCCGGUGCUGCCGGGUGGCCACCAGUUGGAGCUGCGCCGGGUGGAGGUGACACAGCUGCCGGAGUGCGCCGAACUGGAAGCGGCCUCAUAUCCCGAGGAUGAGGCGGCCUCCCCAGAGAGUAUGGCACAGCGGCAGCGCGUGGCGGGGGACUUCUUUUGGGCACUGAUGGAUUCCAAGAGCUCCAGCUUGCUGGGCUUUGUGAAUGGCACUUGCAUCAAUGGCACUACCUUGACGGAAGAGGCCAUGGAGACUCAUCAGCCUGGAGGGCGCCUUCUUUGCAUUCACUCGGUGGUGGUGAAAGAGGCACAUCGACGCAAAGGGCUGGCCUUAGCAAUGUUGCAGGAGUAUCUUCGGGCUGUGGCUGCAUUGCAAGGCGGAGCAAGCACGCGGCCGGAGGCGUGCGCUUUGAUUGCCAAGGGUCGGCUCUUGUCAUUGUACAUG